UUAGUGUACAAUAUUUAUUAGAUUUUAUGUAUUUAUAAAUCUCUUUAGACUGGGUAUGAAUAAAUUAUGCAAAAAUAUUUUUUUGUAACAGACUUAAUAAGUUGUAUUUAUUGCUCAUCUAAUAUCUGUUGUUUUAGAAAAUAGCACAAAGAAGGUACAUGAAUGUUAUGCCUAUUUACAGGGUAAAAAAUAAACAUUCGAUUAAUAUUUUAUCCUAUAAUUAUAUUGUUAUUAUUAAUGAGAUUAUUUGUGUGUGGUGCAACUAUUUUCUGUUCAUUAAUUUAAUAAUAUAGUAAUGUAAACUAAGAAUGGAAGACUCAGUAAAUAAUUAAAAUUAGACAAAAUAAAACAAUAAUAUACGAUUAUUGGCUACUGAGAUACACAAUUUUUUUUAUUAUCCUAGUUUAUACAGUUUAUAUAAUUUUGCUACAAAGUAUCAGCACUGGAAUGUUUUUAUCUCGAUUUGUCAGUUGAGAAUUAGAGAUGUUCGAUAACGACGUACUACGUAAUACACUGAUUAUGAAUACAUAACGUAGAUUUGACAAGAAACUAUCAUUUGUAACAUUAUAACAUGUACGAUCGGCCGUUUUUAUAAAUUGUUCGUUUGUUUUGUGAAUAUCUCGUGGAAACUAUGAAGAAAGUAUAUUUAGCUGUCUUUGGUUGCAAUUUAGGUAUGAUAUCGUUUGGUCUAUUUUUUGGCUGGUCAUCACCUUCAUUGUCUCUCCUAUUGCAAAGUAACAGUCCUAUACAGUUGACCAUCCAACAGGCUGCAUGGGUUUCAUCCACUUUUAUUCUGGGUUCAACUAUUGGUGCGAUGCUUUGUAGCUACGUUAUAAAUGUAAUUGGGAGAAAGACGACUCUAGUUCUUACCGCAAUACCUGGAUUGACAGGAUGGAUGAUAAUAGCUUUCGCGACAUCAGCAUGGGAAUUAAUUGUAGGCAGAAUUAUUUGUGGAUUGAGUAGUGGAUUUGGAUAUAUGUCCGCUACUACGUACGUCGGUGAAAUUUCGCCGGCUAACAUAAGAGGAAUAUUAACGUCCACGUUAACUCUAGCUUCGAAAUUUGGUCUAUUCUUCGAAUGGGUAGUAGGACCAUUUUUUUCUGUACGAGAUCUUGCGCUCGUGUCAUCGUCGAUACCGAUUCUUUUCUUUCUUUCUUUAAUAUCGUUACCGGAAUCACCCUAUUAUCUGAUGCGUUGUGGCAGAAAUCAGCAAGCGGUAACGUCUCUUGUGCAAUUAAGAGGGACCACAGAUGUUUCUAAAGAAAUAGAAAUGAUCGAAAAGUCCAUAAAGUACGACUUGGCAAAUGACACUGGAUUAUGGGAAUUAAUCAGCGUUCCAGGAAAUCGGAAAGCGUUAAUAGUUGUGUUGGGUCUAUUUAUUAUACAACAAUGGAGUGGAAGUUUGGCAAUACUCUCAUAUGCUGAAUUAAUUUUCAAUGAGACGAAAAGCCAGCUUGAAGGCAAAUACUUAACCAUGAUAUUGGGUGGUGUGCAAGUGGUGUGCGCCGGGAUCAGCGCGUCUAUAGUGGAUUGGUACAACAGAAGGACUUUGCUUCUAAUUUCUGCGUUCGGCGUUUCCAUUUCCAACUGCCUCAUUGCUUUAUUCUUUUUCCUUCAACACAUCGAAGUGGACGUUACUAAGAUCACCUGGUUGCCAGCUGUUGGAUCGAUACUUUACAUCGUCAUGUAUGCUAUCGGCCUGGCUGCACUUCCGUUUACCAUGAUGAGCGAAAUUUUCCCCACAAAUGUUAAAGCGGUCGGCAUUAUGAUUGGAAUGCUGGGCCUAAAUUUCUCUGCUUUUGCCGUGUCUCUCUCUUACCAAAGUAUCGCGGAACAAUGCGGCAUAUACGUUGCGUUUUGGUUCUUUUCUUCCAUCGCUGCUUUAGGCGUCGUUUUCACAUAUUAUUUCGUACCGGAAACAAAGAAGAAAACGUUGCAAGAAAUACAAGAGCAGUUGCAUGGAUAUAAAUUGUAAUAAGAAUGUAAUAAGAAUAUUUACUUUUUAUUUUAUAUUGGAAUUAUUGUUGAAAUGUGCAAUUAGGAUGGAGAAAAGAUCGAAGAAAGAUUAAUCACGCACGUUUAGUACAAACAGUAAGAAGCAAUCAUGAAGUAAUUACAUUAAUAGAAGUUUAGAUUUAUUUCAGGGAAUGUACUUGCACUUAAUUUGGGCAUUUGUCUUGGGUGAUAGAAACUUUGAAUAAUUCGUCGUAGCAAUGGUUGCCAAUGUAACGGCUAAUCUGGAUCAUCAAUGCCACAAAUUGGAGAUUUAAUUGAUGGAUUCGUAGUAUUUCUCGUGGGAAGCCACAAGGUAGGAAAUCCAUUGGUCUGUUCGAUAGUUUCUGUUUCAUAGAAUGCUUCUAUAGCUGCCUCUCCUUUACGACACAACUCUGGCAUAAUUGUCAAACGAAAUAUCUUAUUGAACCCAUAAUAAUUGUUUUUUUUCAAAUUAAAAUCCUUUUCAUACUUUACUGGUAAA